CCCGGGGGUACUGAGGAGGAAGAUGGCGCCGUGAGGGGGGUCUUAGCCGCUGCCGCCUCCGCUUCCCAGCCGAUUCAGAGAACAGUAUGGCUGCUACUGCUGCUGUCAGCCCCAGUGAAUAUUUGCAGCCUGCUGCUUCAACAGCCCAGGAUUCUCAGCCAUCUCCGCUAGCCCUGCUUGCUGCCACAUGUAGCAAAAUUGGCCCUCCAGCUGUGGAAGCAGCUGUUGCCUCUCCUGCCCCUCCUCAGCCUACCCCACGGAAACUUGUCCCCAUCAAGCCUGCUCCCCUCCCACUGAGUUCCAGCAAGAACAGUAUUGGAAUCUUGUCAUCAAAAGGGAACCUCUUCCAGAUCCAGGGCUCCCAGCUGGGAACAUCCUAUCCUGGUGGGCAGCUUGUGUUUACUAUCCAGAACCCAACUGUGAUCAACAAAGGGGCCCGCUCGCCUGCUAACAUCCAGUACCAGGCAGUUCCACAGAUCCAAACAGCAUCAGGGCAGACCAUCCAAGUGCAGCAGAAUUUGGCCAAUCAAAUACAGAUUAUUCCCAGUACUAUCACGUCUUCCCCCUCUUCCUCCUCCUCCUCUUCCUCCUCUGCUCAUAAGCCUGUGCCGAUCAAGCCAGCACCAGCUCACAAGACUCCACCAGCAGCUGUCCACAACUCAGGCAACGUUGUUAAGUUAACCGGCACUGGUGGUAACGUUACGCUUACUCUUCCUGUGAGUAACCUGGUGAGCGCCGGAGACUCUGGUGCGCAGGCUCAGAUUGUCCCAGAGAGCACCUUAAAGCCGAGCAAGAAAGCCCGGAAGAAAGUGAUGACACCGGCUCAGACGACUGCCAUGGCUGUGACGGAGCAAGUGGAGACGGUCUUGAUAGAGACUACGGCCGAUAACAUCAUUCAGGCAGGGAACAACUUGUUGAUUGUGCAAAGUCCCGGCUCUGGCCAGCCAGCAGUGGUCCAACAGGUGCAAGUGGUCCAGCCCAAGCAAGAGCAGCAGGUAGUUCAGAUCCCCCAGCAAGCUCUGCGGGUAGUCCAGGCGGCCUCGGCUACGCUGCCUACAGUCCCCCAGAAGUCACCGCAGAACUUCCAGAUCCAGACAACUGAGCCAACUCCCACUCAGGUCUAUUUCAAGACUCCCUCUGGUGAGUUACAGACGGUGCUGCUCCAAGAAGCCCCAGCUGUUACUGUGGCCCCCUCCCCCACUGCCGCCUCCACCACUUCCUGCAGCAGUCCCAUCCCUCGCGUCUCCCAAGCAGGAGGAAGUACCAAAAAGAUGGGGGCUCGCAAGGAGCGUGCCCUGCCAAAGAUUGCCCCUGCUGGAGGCAUCAUCAGCCUCAAUGCGGCGCAGCUUGCCGCUGCUGCUCAGGCAAUGCAGACCAUCAGCAUCAAUGGGGUGCAAGUUCAAGGCGUCCCUGUCACCAUCACCAACACUGGAGGUCAGCAACAGCUGACGGUGCAAAACGUUUCUGGCAACAACCUGACCAUCAGUGGCCUGAGCCCCACCCAGAUCCAGCUACAGAUGGAGCAGGCGCUUUCGGGGGACCUGCAGCCUGGGGAGAAGAGACGGCGGAUGGCAUGCACCUGCCCGAACUGCAAGGAUGGGGAGAAAAGGUUGGGGGAUCAGGGGAAGAAGAGGCACAUCUGCCAUGUACCUGAAUGUGGGAAGACCUUCCGCAAGACCUCUCUGCUGCGGGCCCAUGUGCGCCUGCACACAGGGGAGCGCCCUUUCAUCUGCAACUGGGUCUUAUGCGGGAAGCGGUUUACGCGCAGUGACGAACUGCAGCGACACGCCCGGACACAUACAGGUGACAAGCGUUUCGAGUGUGCUCAGUGCCAAAAGCGUUUCAUUCGAAGUGACCACCUGACGAAGCACUAUAAAACUCACCUGGUCACCAAGAACUUGUAGGGCUGGAUGCAACCAGAAGACGUGGGGGAGCCGUUGUGGAGGGUAUUGGUGACCCUGUUGCUGUAAGGGGACAAAGGACAGAAAAAUGCCCCAAGUAACACUCCUGACCAGAGACAUCAACUUUCCCAUACAUCUCUUUGCAGGGAAAGGGAAUAAAAGGCCGCUGUGGCUUCUCUCAAUGGCCUCCACCUCCUGGCACACUCCUUGGAACCUUCUUGAAAGGUGCGUCAGACAGCAUGGCAUCAGGCUGGGAUGACAGAGAAACAACACGACUUCCAAAUGAAUUAGCUAAAAUUAGCACAAAGCCCAGAAGUGGGCAAGAAAGAGAUGGGGACAGUAGCAAGGCAGAGCCUCCCCCCAACAGUCCUUGGGAAGCCUGCAAAAUAAAAUUCUUACUCCAGUGCUCCAAAGGGCCUCCAUCUGUAAUUGAUAGUAAAACCAGCUGCACCCCCACUUGUACUCUCGGCUCCCUCUUCCCACCCCCAUGCGCUUAUGAAGCUUUUAAAUGGGGGAUAGGGAUGCCGCCUGAAAACAGGACUCUGCAUCUUCCCCCCCAGCACAUUCCUACUUUAUAUUUAAAAAUUAUAAAUAUAUAUAAAAUAUAUAUCUAUAUAUUAAAAAAAAACUCCUUAGGAAGCCCCAUGUAUUUUCUACGGAGAAUGUUGCCUUAUAUUCCCCCAUCCAGUUCCAAAUUAUGUAUUGUGAGCAGGGUUGGAUUUUUUAAAUUUAAUUAUUUCCUUAACAAAGGAAAAAAACUAAAUCUUGCCUUUCUUAAUGAUGCAAGUGCAGUCCAAAGCCCCUGCAUUGACACCGAACACGAGACCCAUGCAGUUACAUUUACUGGUAUAUGAUAUAAUGCCUUCAUUGUGCACGCAGCAGGGAUUUCGGGUGUGGGAGGUGCAUGAGAGCAGCCCUUUGCUCAUGGAAGAGAGUUGGGGAAACCCAUAUGCAAAAGGGAGUCCUCAUGUGUAGCUACUGGAGCUAUUGAAUGACAGCUUUGUGGCCUGGUCAGAGAACCCUUGCUGUGGUAGAAGACAUCUGAGGCUCGUGGUAUGGCAGGGGUGGGGAUCUGUGGGGCAUGAUAACAUGUGAUUCUGUACGGCUGGGUUUGGCAACUUUUGCAUAUCUAGUUCUGCAGAUCCACAUGUGGAAACAGAAUGCUGCAAUCCAGUGCAAGGGUUGAGUGUGUUAAGCCCUGCCAGCCAACUGACUUUUAUUUGUGUACUAAAAUGCAAGCAUUCUCUUUCCAGAUCUUUGUUGGCUUUCUUCCUUUUUUUUAAAAGCCUCCCAAUAACAGACCUUUCUUAUGUAUUAUAGUGUAUAUUGUAUCAUAGACUAUAUAUUGCGUUGUGUUUCCUACAUGUUUCAAAAACAUACGGCUUGUUAUUUUUGAGGUUUUAAAUUAAAAAAAUCCACUUUAUUUUUUAGUUGUAACUGCUUGAAGUAUGUUUUUCUUUAAUUAAGUG